UUUGGUGGAUAUGCGAGCGAAGGCGUUAGAUGCGUUAACUCAUCUAUCCUCAUCUCAUCAGCAAUUGAAGUUAAACAUAGUUAAACAAUGUUGUUGUUAUAUAAUAUUUGUUAUAUAAUCUGUGUUGGAGAAUGUUGGAGAUGUGUUUGGGGAGAAUGUUGUGUCCGUGACUCAGCUUCUUUAGAAGCUUGACGUGUCACUUUUCAUUGGCUUUCUUAUUUCUCGUCUAUGGUCUAUGAUGGCUAAUGAUGCUGCUAAUGGCAUCCACUCCAGGAUCUUGCCUACCUCAGCUGACUUUGCUUGCACAACUGGCAGGAUGGAGUUCGAUGUUCCUCCCACCAAUGGCAUGUGGACUACCCGACAGUGGACCUUUCUUACGUCGAUUCUGUUGCCACAGGCAGUCCAUGGCUGCACCUGGGUGGCGAUGCUGAGGAGGUUGCAGCAGUGAAGGGGCUGGCGGAGAAGGUGGUGGAGGACCUGGCACAGAAAUGGGAGUCUCUCCAGUUGCCACACCACACAGGAGGUUACUUCAGAUGGUAUUGUAAACUGCCAGGGAAGUACAAGGUGGAUGAGAAGUCUGACUUGCUGGAAUUGAAAGGCAAUGCAGCAGAGCGAAGACGUAUGUCACAAGCAUAUGAGGAACUUCGACACAACAUCUCUACCAAGCAAUUGCAGGUUGACGAUAAUAUUCUUCGUUCCAAGCUGAUUGGAAAGGAGGGUGUGAACAUCAAGCAGAUCAGACACAACACGUCGGUCCACAUUCAUGUGGGAAAGGAUGUGGAUACCAGCGUGCGCCUGGCCGGGCCUGCUGACGAAGUAGAACGGGUCCUGCGACGUGUUCGCGCCUUUCUUCAGGAGCAUCGUCAAGUGGUGAGAGAGCUGCCGCUGCCACCGCACGUGGCUCCAGGCUUUGUGGCGUCGCGGCUCCGCAAACUGGGCGCUGAGAGCGAGGCGCGGCUCCAGCUCCCGCGCGACGGCACACCCACGGUGAAGGUACGAGGCAACCAGCGGCAGGUGGACUAUGCGGAAGAACUUCUUGACGAGCUGAUUUAUGUGAAGUUUGGCAUGGUCAAGCUGAAAGUCAUCAAGCAGUUGGUGAGCGACUUUAUAGUGGGGAAGAAUGGAAUACACAUGCGCUCCCUCAAGGGAGAACGCGAUGUGCAUGUCCAGAUCAAUGAUUCUCCGUGUCACGCGUGGUCGGAUUGUUUCAUCACUGGAAGUCUUCAAGACUGUGUGGCAGUAUCUGAAGAGAUUUCAGUUCGCUUACGGAGAUACACCGUGGCUUCCAUCCCAGUGGAUCCUUCCAGAGUGGGGCUGAUGAUCGGGAAAGGCGGCGCCAACAUCAAAGCCUUGAAGGAGGGCCUGGACAUCCGGGAAGACACCCGCCAGAAUCCUUGGACCAUCAGCGGGCCCAAACAGGACGUGCUCCAGUUCUUCGACCGUUUCCAGGCCCGCUUUGGACCCAGCUUCUUCAGCGGGGGUCUUGAGCCCUGGCGCUUCGCGUGUGUGGGCUGCGGUGAGGACUUUCCAGCCAUGGAGCUGAUGAUGGCUCAUGUCAAAGAGCAAUCUUGCUCUGCACGGACCUGUAUGAGCGGUUGCGGGGCGUACUUCCCCCCGAAGCUUGCUGUGGGAAGCACGAGUCCUUGUGCAAGAUGGUGAAGAGAAGAUGAGAGACCGAGAGGUCCGGAACCACCUCCAUGAGCUCAAGAGGAUGCUUUGUGAGAAGUGCCGUUUAGGUGAACAGAAAGGUUCCAGCUGUCCAAGCUGCAAGGCGACUUUGCAGCGAGCACGACUCCAGUGGCAUCCAGACAAAAAUCCGGCCGUGGAGAGUCUGGCGACCAGCGUCUUCCGGUCAGUUCAGGCGGUUUGGGAUGGACAGCCGCAGUGGCUGGAGAGCAGCACCUACGCUGAGGAGUCAGAGAGCGCCUCCCGUUUCACAUGAGCACCCCAGAGAGCAGGGUUUCACUAAAACCGGACCUCGUCGGAAGUUGAAGGAUGG